GUGCGUUCUUGUUGUCAAGUUGUUGUUUAUCCCCCUUUCCUACCGCUUGCCACCUACUGCUGCUGCAUUUCUUGUGUGGGGUGUUGUACAACGGGGACGAAGCACGAAGUGUCAUCUCAGAUGGCAACUUGUUUCGGCUGUAUCCGCCGGUGUUUUAACGCCGGCGGUUUCUCCGCCAGCAGCUCUCAGGGAAACCGUCUACCUACGGUGGUUCUGGACAUGCUUCAUAUGGGCCAGGAUGUCGUGAUCGUAAAGAAUGGACAAAGGAUCUGCGGCAGCGGUGCAGCGUUAGCUAACGCUCCCCUAGUUCAAAACAAGUCCUAUUUUGAAGUCAAAGUACAGCAAGCAGGCUUGUGGGGUGUGGGAGUGGCAACGCAAAAAACGGACCUGAACAGGGUGCCACUCGGACAAGAUCUGGAGAGCUGUGUUCUCACAAGUGAGGGCACUGUAGUGUGCAACAAAGAACUGCUCCACAAGCUCCAGCAGACAGUACAAGAAGGCGAUGUCAUAGUAAGGCCCGUUCUCCACUCUUCCUUCAGUGCAAAGAAAUAAAUAGUGUCAUUUUCAUA